UGGUGACAUGAGUGGUGGGUGGAGUGCUACAGAGUGUGUCGUUUCAAAUGUUUGUUGACGAGUUUCGAGUUAGCGUGCGACGUGAAGUAACAACUAUAUGCUGCAAUGUGUGCAGACCUAAACAAAGUAGAAAUAUUGACCUAUGCGGUGGUGUGGCUGUCAGGUAUUUUGACGGCGGUUUAUAGUGUGUUACUAAAAAGAGAAUUCAUCAGGAAGAAGUCAGCAGACAUAUACUUUGAGCCAGGGUGGAGUAUUGUCAGUACCGAGAAGGAUGUAACAGAUUUUGAGUGGGAAAUCUGGUUGUCAUUCAUGGCACUUGUUUCUCCGUGGAUUGUUGCACAUCUCAUUGGCUCAUGGCUUAUAAGAUUAGCUCAAAACCAGCUCAUCCCACUGUGGCACCUGACAGUAGCCAUUGCCUUUUUAUUGUGGUACCUUGGUUCAACAGCAACAGUGUUCCUUCUCCUGCAGCCUUGUGUGUUUUACUUACUGUCAACAAUGAGAAGCAAGUCUGUUCUGUGGGCUUUCAGCAUUGGUAUGUUAGCUUGGAUUCACAGAGAGGAUGCACUGGCAUGGUUACAACUUUCGUUCAGUGCUGAAUACCUGCUUCAUGCUGCAUUAGGUUGGACACACAUGCGUUGCCUCAGUUUUACACUUGACAAAGUGAAUGAAGUAAACUACACAGCUGAUCUGAGAAACUGUAUUAAUCUCUUAGGCUAUUGCUUCUACUUACCUACCCUGUUUAUGGGACCACUUAUUUUGUAUGAAGUGUUCCAUGAAGGGGUGAUGAGUACAGUAACACUGACAGGAACACACGUUAUGAAGCUGUCUUUAAAAAUCUUGCGCUUUAUUUUCUGGCUGUUAGUUACGGAUUUUUCUUUGCAUUUCCUAUAUUUUAAUGCUCUGCAGCAACAACCACAGAUUGUCAGAAAUAUCGACUGGUGGUCUCUUUGUGGCCUGGGUUACUGCAUGGGACAGUUCUUCAUGAACAAAUAUGUGGUUGUUUAUGGUUUGGCCGGCAGCAUAGCAGAAGCAGAGCACAUUUUGGCACCAAGACCUCCAAAAUGUAUUGCUAGAGUACAUCUUUACUCUGAAAUGUGGCGAUAUUUUGAUCAUGGACUCUACCUUUUCCUGGUCAAGUACAUAUACAUUCCUUGCCGUGGAAACGAUUCGAGCUUGAUUAAGAAAUUGGGUGCAUCAUUUGUAUGCUUUAUUUUCAUAUAUUUGUGGCACAACACAUAUGACUAUGUUCUGAUUUGGUCUGUUCUCAAUUUCAUUGGACUAACAGUGGAAGGAAUAUGCAGAAGUGUUGCUCGCUCACCAACAUAUCAAAAGCUUGAGGAAAUGUUGCUGUCUCCAAGGAAUUCUAGACGUUUCAAAGCUGCCCUUGGAAGUCCUCUCUUCAUUAUGUCAGCUUUGUCCAGCUUUUAUUUUCUUGGUAGAAUGGAAAUUGGAAACAUAUUUGUCAGUCGAAUCUUUACAGGAUGGGGUCUAGCCAACGUAACAUUGUUGCUGUUUUGCUAUUGUGGUUGUCAAGUGUCUCUGGAGUUGAUGAAAUGGGACAGAAGAAGAAAAGCAACAGAUCAGCACAUUUGAGAUGUAUUUCAAAAGCCUAAGACAUGUAAACUUGAGUUUUGUAAAUAAAAGAAUAUCUUAAAAUUGGA